UCAACAUCUACUGCUGGAUUUCACCAGGAUCCCCCAGAUCAUCUUACACCGGAUAGACCGCCUUCAGGAUUCUGUUGUAAAAGAGGAGGAUUUCUCUGACCAGCAGCUCCAUGAACAGGAGAGGAAUCCCAGUUUGGACCAAGAGGAACCAGAACCCCUGCAGAUAAAAGAAGAGCAGCAAGAACCAGAACAUUCCUGGACAAAAGAGGAAACCAUGGAGCUCCCUAUAAGUGAGCAGGAAGAGCAGCUUGUUCUGAAGCAAGAGGCAGGAGAUACAGGAGAUAAACCUUUCCCUUGUUUGACAUGUGAAGAAAACUUCCUUAAAGAAGAACAUUUAAUGGAUCGCAUGAGAACUCACACAGACCACCUGCACGAUUAUGUUGGAAAAGAGGAGGAUUUCUCUGACCAGCCGCUCUAUGAACAGGAGAGGAAUUCCAGUUUGGACCAAGAGGAACCAGAACCUCUGCAGAUAAAAGAAGAGCAGCAAGAACCAGAACAUUCCUGGACAAAAGAGGAAACCAUGGAGCUCCCCAUAAGUGAGCAUGAAGAACACCUUGUUCUGAAGCAAGAGGCAGGAGAUGCGGGAGAAAAACUUUCCCCAUGUUUGACAUGUGGAGAAACAUUUCUGAAAAAGGAACAUUUAAUGGGUCACAUGAGAACUCACACAGGUCAGAAGAUUUAUGAAUGUCUGUCCUGUGGAAAACGCUUCACCUCUAAGUCUGAUCUUAAUAAUCACAACAAAAUUCACACUGGCAAGAAGCCUUUUUCCUGUACCAUUUGUACCAAGACGUUCACUCAAAAGAGUAAUUUGACUUCUCAUAUGAGAAUUCACACAGGUGAGAAGCCUUUUCCCUGUACCAUCUGUAACAAGAAUUUUCCUAAAAAGAGUAAUUUGACUUCUCAUAUGAGAAUUCACACAGGUGAGAAGCCUUUUCCCUGUACCAUCUGUAACAAGAAUUUUCCUAAAAAGAAUUAUUUGACUUCUCAUAUAAGAACUCACACAGGUGAGAAGCCUUUUUCCUGUAACAUUUGUACCAAGAAGUUUACUCAAAAGAGUCAUUUGACUUCUCAUAUGAGAAUUCACACAGGUGAGAAGCCUUUUUCCUGUAACAUUUGUCACAAGAAGUUUACUGUAAAUAGUAGUUUGACUACUCACAAGAGAAUUCAUACUGGUGAGAAACCUUUUGAAUGUCUGUCCUGUGGAAAAAGCUUUACUGAGAAAUCUACUCUUGAUCAACACAUCAGAAUUCACUCAGGUGAAAAGCCUUUUUCCUGUACUAUUUGUCACAAGAACUUUACCGUAAAGAGUAAUUUGACUUCUCAUAUGAGAAUUCACACAGGUAGGAAACCUUUUGUUUGUCUGUUCUGCGGAAAAAGCUUCACUAAGAAAGCUACUCUUGAUCAACACAUCAGAAUUCACACAGGUGAAAAGCCUUUUUCCUGUACUAUUUGUAACAAGAAUUUUACUGUAAAGAGUCAUUUGACUUCUCAUAUGAGAAUUCACACUGGUGAUAAGCCUUUGUAAUGUCUGUCCUAUGGAAAAAGCUUCACUAUAAAAUAUAAUCUCAAUAGACACAUCCAAAUUCACAGGUGAGAAGCCUUUUGAAUGUGUUUCCUGUGGAAAAAAGCUUCACCAAAAAAUCUUAUCUUGAUACACACCUCAGAAUUCACACAGAAGAGAAGCCUUUUCCUGUACCAUUUGUGGCAAAAGAUUUACUCUAAAAAGUCUUUUAACUAGACAGGUAAUUCACAUGAGAGAGAGUGAGUAGCUGUUCCCCUUAAUGAUUUGUGACAAAGGUUUCAAACAUUAAGGUAUUUUGAGUAUUUAGAUUACAUUUAUUCAUGCAUGAUGGGAAAUGAUUUACAUCUUUAAAAAACAAACAUUUGGUUCACAUAAGUCGCAGCAGUUAGAUGCCACAGGAAUGAACAGUAGAGGCGGUUUCAUAUUUGUCUGGUGAUAAGAUGUCUAUCUAAAUACUCCACCUCAUUUCAUAUGAAACUCACGUUUCGAAGAGGAGAAAACCAUUGAUUUACAGCUGUUUUUAUAUAGAAACUAGAACUGAUAAGGUGUUAUAUUGUAAACCUGGUAGAUAUUGAGGUCGUGGGCGAUUAUGUGGAUGUGAACAUUUUAAGCUAAUUAUUUUGGGUCUGAGUUAAUUGGAUUUAAAUGCCAAAAAUUGUUGCCCUAACAAAAAAAAAGGGUUUACAUUUAUGAUUUCUUAAUUUCUAUCUACUGAAGGGAAUAAACACAAUAAAGUGCAACAACAGCAUCCUGGCUACAGAUGAAGCAAGUUAGCAUCCAUACAACAAGCAAUUGAGAAGUUCUAGAUAUUUAAAUUGAAAAAAAAUCCAGACAGAGCCCUGCUGUGCCAUCUUGACAGGGGGGUAGGAUUGAUUUUAACUUUGAUAGAGACACUAUUGGUCUGAUGUCAUUGGUCCUAUGCAAAAAUAUGCAUGCUCGUU